GCAGCUUGAGGCUCAAGCUCCGUCAGCCCAUCGAGGCUGCUCUUAUCAAUCCAAUCCAGCUGACGCGCAGCUGUCGGAACUUUUUUCGACAUCCCACCUUAUCGGUCGUUAUCAUAGACAAAAUUUCCAAAGGCUCAACCAUUAUUUGACAAACAGACAACGAGCAAGCGCAUCAUUGCGCCAGUCAAAAUGCCAGCAAAAGUAGCAGACGCUCCUCUAAAGAGGAAGAGAUCGGACGGCGCCUCGAAACCAAAGAAACGCGCCAAGUCGGAGAGUAGCAGCAGCAACAGCAGCGGCGACGAUGAGGAUCCCCAGGUCGACAUUCUAUUACUCGAGUCGGAGAUCUUGCAAUCUAAGAAGAACUACAAUAACAUUUCAAAGUUGUUGGAGCUAGCUUCAGGCGAAGACGAUGAGUUCUCGAUGCUCGCAAAUGUUUCGCUCUGUCGAACAUUCAUACGCCUGCUAUCGAAUGGCAGCCUCACCCGUCGCCCCGACCAGUCUGAGAAGACAAUUUUGGUUAUCCAAUGGCUGAAAGGACGCUUGACCGACUACAAGCAGGUGGUUCUCAGUGCCCUAGGCGACGAGGCAACAGGCCCAACUGCACUGACACUGGCGAUGCGCAUCCUGAAAGCUGAGGGGCAGCAUCUCAGUAGUAAAGAAGAGUACAACUUUCCCAGAGAUUUUUUGAAAGAUAUUGUCUCUGUCCUGGUCAAGAAAAGCUCCGAAGACGUUAGACAAGACUAUUGCGAGCAGUUUCUCGGCGAAUUUUGCGAUGUUCGCUUCUACACCUUCAAGGCCCUCAAAACUAUCCUCUCCGAGGACACGACUGGGAUCCCAACCGAAGAGCUGUUCCGUAACGCUUUUGACAUACUGUCUUUCUUUGAGGAUGUACCCGAGUCGGCAGAUGACCUCGGCGAGUUUUACACGGCACCACCAAAGAAGAAGAACCAUCCCGUUACAUCCAUCACACAGCAAAAGAAGCAAGGACAAGAAGCAUGGCUUUCCUUGUUACGAUUGGGCCCGAAUCGGGAACAGAGAAAACAGGUCUUGAGUAUUAUGACACAAAGUAUUGUUGCGUGGUUCACCCAGCCCGAAGCACUUGCAGAUUUCUUGACAGAUUCCUACAAUGCAGGCGGCUCCAUCUCGCUUCUCGCCCUAUCAGGCGUAUUCUACCUCAUUCAAAAUAGGAACUUGGACUAUCCCUCAUUUUUCCGGAAGCUAUACUCGCUGCUGGAUGCCGAUAUCCUGCACUCGAAACACCGAUCUAGAUUUCUGAGACUACUCGACACAUUCCUCGGUUCCACGCAUUUGCCAGCAGCCUUGGUGGCGAGCUUUAUCAAAAGACUUUCACGGUUAUGCCUUCACGCGCCACCGGCCGCCAUAGUGGCUAUUGUCCCUUGGGUCUACAACCUGUUCAAGAAGCAUCCGCUCACUACCUUCAUGAUGCACCGUGAAGCACAAUUGGAGGAGAUGAUAGAGAAUCAGGGGCUUGAGGACCCCUACGAUGCUGAUGAGCAAGAUCCAUCGAAUACUGGGGCAAUAGACUCCUGUGUUUGGGAAUUUGUGCAGCUACAGACGCACUACCAUCCAAACGUUGCAACUAUUGCCAAGAUCCUGGCAGAGCAGUUCACUAAACAGACGUACAACAUUGAGGACUUUUUAGAUCACAGUUACAGCAGUUUAUUGGACGCCGAGCUGUCGAAACAGAUCAAGAAGGCGCCCGUUGUGGAAUUCAUGAUUCCUAAACGAGUAUUCCUUCCCAACGAUCCGGCAUCAGGAACGGAGGACAAUCUUCUCACAAAACUGUGGGACUUCCAGUAG